AUGAAUUCGGAUAAGGAGUGCUCCAUAGCUGUUACAGCCUCACCACCUAGUGAGAAUGAGACCACUCCGGUUGUAGGUCCUAUCGAUGUCGCACCACCACCCGAUGGUGGUGCCGGAUGGAUUCAAGUUUUUGUUGGACAUCUUGCCCUAUUCAACACAUUUGGGUGGUUCAAUAGCUAUGGUAUCUUCCAGGACUACUACACGGAAGAGCUAAACCUACCGCUAUCAGCCGUUUCUUGGACGGGCAGCGUGCAAGUCUUCCUGUUAGCCUGCAUAGGAAUGUUCUCAGGUCGACUCUUUGACGCAGGUUACUUCCGCUCGUUGAUCAUGAUCGGUUCUAUUCUACAGAUUCUUGCUGUAUUCAUGGCGUCCAUUGCUACCGAGUAUUGGCAGCUCUUCCUAGCUCAAGGCGUCUGUGGUGGGCUCGGCGCCGGCAUCCUGUACUGCCCUAUAAUCGCAUGUGUGUCUACUUAUUUUGCUCGAAAGCGAGCACUUGCGAUUGCCCUUGUCACAAGUGGUGGCGCUACAGGCGGACUGGUAUUUCCUAUCAUUGCGCAGCAACUUCCAGACAAGAUUGGAUUUCCUUGGACUAUGAGGAUCAUGGGAUUUGUAGUCAUGUUUAAUGCAUCCGUAAUGUUAAUAUUUGCCCGCACACGACUGCCACCGCGACCAAGGGGGCCAGUUGUCGAAUGGACUGCAUUCAAGGAGUUGCCCUAUUCACUCUAUACAGCCGGCGCUUUCUGUGUCUUGUGGAGCGUGUAUCUAAUAUAUAAUUACAUAAAUCACUAUGGGAGGACAAUAUUACAUAUGGAGCCUACAACUUCGCUUAAUACUCUCUUCAUCGCCAACGCAGUUGGUGUGCCAGGGAGAAUAAUACCAGCACUUAUCUCCGAUGCGUACCUUGGCCCAUUUCGGACACUAGUGCCGCUUGCUAUCAGUGCGAGCGUACUCUAUUUCGGCUGGAUUGGCGUGCGGGAUCCAACCGCCCUCUAUGUCUUUGCCGUUCUAUCUGGUAUUAUUAACGGCGGCGUCCAGACUAUCGCCAUGGCCGGCCUACCGUCGUUGACAAAAGAUUUAAGUAAAGUAGGUACCCGGUCCGGUAUGAUCAUGACCGUUGGUUCCUUCGCUUGCUUAACGGGACCACCAAUUGCCGGCGCGCUGAUCGACGUUGCAGAUGGGCGAUACUUGUAUAUGCAAAUAUGGGCUGGCUGUAUUAUGCUGUUAAGUGCCUUCUUUGUUGCGGCUUCGUGGUAUGCACGUUCAAAGCAGGGUUCAUAG